UUUCCAGGCAUCUAUAUAUAAGAACUCCACUGCUUCGUCUUACCCCUGCUCUCUCUUUCCCUCUCUCUCUUUCCGGGGGGAUUUAAUCUAGACUAGACUCUUUCCGGGCCUGUUUCAUCGGACGGAUAUCAUCGGAGCGGGCGAAGGCGAACAAAGAAGGAAGUGAUCAUCUACCAUGGAUGAACACAUGGGAAGACGCACGGUGGGCGGCCUCCUCUUCACCAAGGGGGGCUCGAUCCUGCUCUUCAGAGAAGACAGCUCGCGCCCAAAGCCCGGGCGCCCGCAAAGCAAUGGCUGCAAGGGUGCUCGGCAUCUGGCUGACAAAGGCCGGCCAACGCACAGGGCGGCGGCAGCAGCAGCAGCAGACACACCUGUAACACCGGCCUCCCGGAGAUCGCAACCUCUGAGGAAACCUCCACAGGGGAGCAGCAAUGCAGUGAGCUCCUGUAGCGAAACCGACAACGGCGCCACAAGGGAGGCGACGGCUCCCGUUGCCGGGCGUGACCUGCUGGCACGUCUCAAGGACAGGGUGAGCGCGUCAAGGAAGCGCUCGUUGGCCAGGGAGAUGAGCAGCCCCUCCUCGUCGUCCAGUGGAUUCAGUGCCAGCUCUUCGGGCGGUGGCGGUGCCCGGUCAUCGGUCUCGAGGCCGUCGCACCGUGCUGCGUCCCGGGUGAGGAAAGGGGACGGUGGUGAAAACGCAGGGGGUGGUAGUGCUGGCCGCGUGCGUAGGGACAAUACUGCCAGUGGUGGUGGUGGUGGUGGCGCCAGGAGGAAUUCAGAUGAUUUGGUGAGACCUGAGCCGGCGGCUUUGAGGGAACGCCAGACGCCCGGCGAAGGGUACUUCUCCGGGUUCUUGGCGAGGUACAGAAGCAGUCUCCAGGAAAGAGGGUCUCUGGUAGACGGCGCUGAGGAUUCCAGCGGAUACUGGCGCUUCGACGUCGAAGGCAGCGAGGAGCUCGAGAACUUCUUCAUGCGCAGCGACCGGCACCGGGCGAUGAGGAUGGACAUCGACGGCAUGUCUUACGAGGAACUGCUUGCGUUGGGUGACCGAAUCGGCACGGUGAAUACCGGGCUCUCAGAGGACGCAUUGUACAAGUGCCUGAAGCGAAGCCUGUACAUGGCCACGGCCCCUGAGACGCAUCAAGAUUGUGACAGAAAAUGCAGCAUAUGCCAGGAGGAGUACUCGGGUGGCGAGGAGGUGGGCAAGAUGGCGUGCAUGCACUUCUACCACAUCGCCUGCAUACAACAUUGGCUCCGGCAGAAGAACUGGUGCCCCAUCUGCAAAUCAGUCGCCGCCAAGACCAACUAGCUAGCAGCUGCGUGCUUGUUCAGUCACACACUGUAAAAAGAAUUUUCAUUCAUGUCUAGACACAAAUCUGCAUUCUUUUUUCUCUUCUGCUCUUCUAUAGAACGAGUCAUUUGUUUGGGCCUGCAAGACUUCUUGGUUUCCUUGUUCAGUUCACAAGGUUCAGUGAACAAAGAAAAAGAAACGGGAAAUAAAGGUGGUAGUAGUUUCUUUUGUCA